AAGCAGUAAUAGAAUUCUGGCUGGGUUUACUACCGGAGUCUCAAGAUAUCUUAGGCUUUAUUCCAACUCAGUUAUCUUCAUCGGAGCCAAGCUUCAUAAUCUUGGGAAACUACAUUUAGCUCUCAGACCUCUGCUUCAUCAAAUCCAGCUCCUUGGCUCUAUUUGUCAAGUAAAGGAAGAUUCAUCAGGAUGGAUGGAACUACCAACUGGAGUAGAACUUCUCUCUCUACUUCUAGAAGUAUCUCUUCAUGUCUCAGAUGAUCAGAGUAAUCUGACUCUUGUCUCUUUAUUCAAGUCUGCAGUCAAUCCUUACUUCAGAUUUCUUAAGAGUUGGCUUUACUCUGGAGAAUGUGAUUACUCAUUUAAAGAAUUUGGAAUUCUAAUGGAUGCUAGAUACUCAAGCAAUCGGACACAGGAGUAUUGGAACAAUAUGUACGGGCUGACCCCUUUAUCAGAACAAGGAUCAGGCGCUUCAUUUCUAGCUGAGAUACAGGAAAAAGUGUUUUCCACGGGUAAGUCCUUGUCCUUGCUACGCCUGGUAAGUCCUGAUCAUCAUCUCUCCGGUAGAUUCAGAGAUAUUCAACCAGAAUUCAUUCUAGCGGUUACAGCUCGCGAUCAAUCACGUCUCAGAUUAAGCGUGGAAGCGUACACCUGUAAGUUGACCGAAGCAGCUCGUCUUACAACCUUCAGUCUUACGGAGAAGAGGGAGAAAGAGAAGGAGGAGAGGAUUCAGGAAGCAAAGAUGGUCAAAAUCAGACACGAUGAAGAUUCUGAGAAGAUAAGAAAAGAAAUGGAGAAGAGGAAAGAGGAGAAAAAGAACGCACAGCAGAAGAUAUACAAGGAGCUUGUCAAGCACGCCGAGGAAACCAAAUCUAGGCGGGAGAAGGAACGGCGGAAGGUUCUCGAAGAGGAGGCGGAGAUUGAACGCGAGGCGGAGCGGAGGGUGGAGGAGGAGAGGAAGAGGGAGGAAGAAGAUAGGAUUAGAAUAACCGAGUUUUAUACUCGGCUUCAGAGAGAGGCGGAGGUUCGUGAGCUUAGGGCGGAGUGGAGAUUGAAGAGAAAUAAUCCUGGAAUCAAAUCCAAGAGGAUCUUGUUACAUCGAACACUAGCGACAAGUCUGGAGAACCGCAUGAAGAUUGUUGGUAUCUCUAAACCCUUAGAACCUGUCCCUGCACAGGCAAGGAGUUUUGAUGGAUUGUCAGACCUUGAGAUUCUGAAGGACGAGAUGGGAAACUUUACCGUCAGGUUCAAGGACUCGGAAGGGAACAUUCUCAUGGAAAGCUUAGAUUUCUUCCAACCUUUUGACUCGGAACUUCAAAACCAACUCGGGUCAAAACCUUUCUCUGAACUUUCAGAUCAUCUAAAAACCAAAAUCAUUCAUGGUUUAGAGUUCAGAUUAUUACAGAAACAACUCCAUACUCCAAAACCAAUAGCGAGCACUCCAACCCUUUCCCGGAGAAGGGAGAAAAACCUAACCACAAUAUCCGAUUACCUAACCCAAGGAGAACUGGAAUUUCCGGAUAAGAACGGAAAUCUUGAGGAAACCUACGAUGCUCCAGACACUGUCGGAGAACGAAAAAAACCGUCCGCGGUUCCAAUAGAACGUCUUCUUUAUCCUCAGAGAUUUAACCAAGAAAAGGUAGUGGAGACGAAGAUAGUAAGAACGGAGAUUGUGCUCAGAAAAUCCUCUAAACCUCUUCCGUACACUAAAGCAUUUCCAGAACUCAAGCUCCCGCCAAAACCGGAUCAAAUUGAGCCAUUGAAGGAGCUUGAGACAAAAACAUUUCCUCCUUUGGGUCUAAUCCUACAGAACUCCGUCCUAGUUCCACUCAGAGCCCAGAAGAAGUUGGUAGAUUCCGCCCUACUUAAUCAUAUGCUGGUUCAAGCACAACUAGAGGAACAUCUUCAAGCUCUUAGGAGGUAA